GGUGACCGAAGUUGCCCCCCACACGUGCACCAUCUUCCAGUGUGUGAGGGUCUUCUCCUAAAGUCGCUCCGUCGGCUUGUCGAGGUUUAUCAGAGUCUCCUCCGUCGCCACCAACUUCAGAAGAAAGCACAAUGGCUCUCCAGCGUCAGGUCAUGGUCAAGAUGAUGGGCAAGAGGGACCCCGAGCAGGAAAAGGAAUCCCUGGAGUGGAUCUUCGCCAUCCUGGAAGAACCCGUCCCUAAUGCACCAUUUGAGGACAUUCUGCAGGACGGAACGGUGCUGUGUCGUCUGAUGAACAAGUUGUCUCCUGGCAUCAUCCCCAAGAUAAACACGAGUGGUGGUCAGUUCAAGAUGAUGGAGAACAUUAACAACUUCCUGAAAGCCAUCAGAUCCUACGGUGUGCCCAUUCAGGACGUGUUCCAGACUGCUGAUCUGUACGAGAAGAAGCAGCUCUCCCAGGUCUCCACCACGCUCUUCGCCCUGGGCCGCGCCACCUACCAGCACCCCGAGUGGCCCGGCCCCUGGCUGGGUCCCCGCCCCUCUGAGGAGAACAAGAGGGAGUUCACUGAUGAGCAGCUGGCGGCCUCCAAGACAGUGAUCGGGCUGCAGGCAGGCUCCAACAAGGGCGCCACCCAGGCCGGCGACAACACGGGAGCCCAGAGGCGAGUGAUCGUGGGCAAGUAAAUCUCCCUACGGUCCACUUGUCUGGCUGUCCAUCCUCGACUCUCCGCCAGUCACAUCACCUCCUCUUCAUUAUCUUUCGUCGCCCUCCUCCUCCUGCUCCUCUUCCCUCUCCCCUCAUGACGUCCAUUACUCUCCCAGAUGGAUUAUUGUGCUGCCAACGCUGGGUCUUCAUCUUGCUCUCUUCGCCACUGCCAUUUAACGCUAAGUGCUAAGUGACCUUUCCGACCUCAUCGCAAAGUCCUCCCGCGCCAUCAGGUUAUUGCAGCGGUCAUUCUCUAUUAUUUUUUUUUCAUCAUUAGUAUUUUCAUCAUUACAAAGUGGCUCAUUUUUUUUCCACGUGAUAAACUUUCGGUCCAAGGAAAUGGAUGGCCGAGCAGGAAGGUGUUGCAUAGACUGGCGGGCGUCGGGACCUGCGGCUCCCCAACUUUGGUUCAUCAGCAGUAAUAAAAACCAUGAAAAAUCA